CACUUCUCCUCAAUGUAGCUGAUCAUAAGUUCUCCGCAUGUGUUCUUGAGUGUUGGAGACAAUGGGCUUAUACCGUCAUUUAGGUGCGUCAUGUUCGCUUGUAGUGAUGAUGGUGACGAUGCUGUGCGUGGUGGUCGACGGGCAGCCUUUGGUGCCUUCCAUGUUCGUGUUUGGGGACUCGGUCGUGGAUACGGGCAACAACAACCACCUCUACACCAUCGUCAAGGCAAACUUCCCUCCGUAUGGCCGGGACUUCAUCAAGCACCAGCCCACCGGGAGGUUCUGUAAUGGCAAGACCGCCGCUGACUUCACUGCUGAAAACAUUGGGUUUACUUCUUACCCACCAGCCUAUCUCAGCCAAAAGGCCAAAGGAAAGCACCUUCUGAUCGGCGCCAAUUUUGCUUCCGCUUCUUCCGGUUACUAUGACUCAACAGCAAAACUAUAUCACACGAUUUCGUUGACUGAGCAGCUGAAGUACUACAAGGAGUACCAGAACAAGAUCAUAAGGAUCGCGGCCAAGUACAAAGCAAACGUGACAGCGAUCAUAUCAGAUGGACUCUACCUCGUCAGUGCCGGAAGCAGCGACUUUGCCCAGAACUAUUACAUCAACCCUCUUCUCUACAAAGUCUACACGCCUGACCAAUUCUCCGACCUUCUCAUGCAAUCCUACUCCAUUUUCAUUCAGGAACUGUACUCGUUAGGGGCAAGAAAGAUUGGGGUGACCACGCUGCCGCCGCUCGGGUGUUUGCCAGCAACCAUCACGAUAUUCGGCAACCACAGCGAGGGUUGCGUCACCAAGCUGAACAGGGACGCGGUCUCCUUCAACAACAAGCUCAAUGCCACUUCUCAGGGCUUGCUGAGCAAGCUCUCUGGCCUUAAUCUGGUGGUCCUAGACAUCUACCAGCCUCUCUACGACAUCGUUCAAAAGCCCUCCGACAGCGGUUUUGCCGAGGCGAGGAGAGCGUGUUGCGGGACAGGCUUGUUAGAAACAUCGAUCUUGUGCAAUCCAAAGUCAGUGGGCACGUGCGCAAAUGCAUCGGAAUACGUGUUCUGGGACGGUUUUCAUCCAACAGAGACGACCAACAAGAUAUUGUCUGAUGAUCUACUCACCAGUGGCAUCUCCCUCAUCUUCGAGCAAGGGUCAUAAAUACAGAACUUCUGACAUUUUAGUUCCGCUCUACUGUCUUCAAUACCUAGUGUCAUACCAUGUGUGCGAGAGAGGUGAGAAUAAAUUACAUGUACGAACACUCCUGGUUGUGUUACAUUACCCCUUCAUAUAUAAAAGGGCAAUAACUUUUUUAUCC